CCACAAUCCCAAUCCCAAGUAUUUUCAUCAUAUUUAAUAAUAAUUUUAUUUUAAGUCUAAAAUAAUGAGCACGUUUAGCAAAGUUCAAUCUUCUUUUCAUUUGACACACAAAUUAUGGAAUAAUACCCAAGAAAAAAGGAAAGUAGGAAUUGUUACUAUGUCAAAUUCCUUGAAAUUAGGUGGGAAUUUAACAUGUAAGAAAACUGAUAAGAAUAGUAUUAGUAUUAAUAAUAAUAAUAAAAAAAAUAAUAAUAAUAAUGGAAGAUUUGGGAAAUUUGGCGGUAAGUAUGUGCCUGAAUUGUUAAUAACAUGCUUAAGUGAACUUGAAGAAGAAUUCCACAAGGCUCUUAAUGACACCAAAUUUCAGGAAGAGUUGGAAACAGCCUUAAGGGAUUAUGUAGGGAGGGAAACACCCUUAUACUAUGCUGAAAGGCUAACAAAUCAUUAUAAGAACAACAAUGGGGAAGGGCCACAAAUUUACAUAAAGAGGGAGGAUUUGAAUCAUGGAGGUGCUCACAAGAUCAACAAUGCUCUUGCACAAGCCAUGCUUGCUAAACGUAUGGGUCGUACAAGCAUAGUCACGGCCACAGGUUCGGGCCAAAAUGGAGUUGCAACUGCGGCUGUAUGCGCCAAGCUUGGUCUCUCUUGCACAAUCCUAAUGGGUAGCCUUGAUAUGGAGAGGCAACCUUCUAAUGUACAACUCAUGAAGCUGCUAGGGGCACAAGUAAAAGCGGUUGAAGGGAACUUUAAAGACGCAAGUUCAGAAGCAGUUAGAGAAUGGGUAGCAAACUUUGAAAGCAGCUAUCACUUGCCAGCUUCAGUAGUGGGGCCCCACCCACUACCGACUAUGGUGCGAGAGUUCCAGUCAGUGAUAGGCAAGGAAGUAAGGAAACAAGCAAUGGAUAAAUGGGGUGGGAAACCGGAUGUUCUGGUUGCAUGUGUAGGAGGUGGAUCCAAUGCAAUGGGUUUAUUCCAUGAAUUUAUUGAUGAUGAAGAUGUUAGAUUGAUUGGGAUUGAAGCAGCUGGAUAUGGAUUGGAAAGUGGUUGGCAUUCAGCUACUUUAAGUAAAGGUGAUGUUGGUGUUUAUCAUGGGACUAUGAGCUAUUUGUUACAAGAUGAUGAAGGUCAAAUUAUUGGUCCUUACUCAAUUGGAGUUGGGUUGGAAUGUCCAGGAGUGGGACCAGAGCUGAGCUUCUUGAAGGACAACGGACGCGCAGAGUUCCACGCAGUCACAGAUGAAGAAGCCCUACUUGCAUACAAGAAUUUGUGCAAAUUAGAAGGCAUAUUUCCAGCACUUGAAGCAUCACAUGCACUUGGAUACCUAGAAAAACUGUGCCCAACUCUACCAAAUGGAACCAAAGUGGUUGUUAACUGCAGCGGACGAGGUGACAAGGAUGCUGCCACUGUUCAGCAAUUCGAUCAGCUGCGCUUUUUUACAUCUAUGGCUGCUUCCAAAACUAUUUCACCAGACCACUCUAAACAACUCUCUCUGCACUCAUAAACAUUCCAAUAGAAUUGAUACAUCAUCAUCAUACCCAGCGUAUUUAGUUGUGUUUUGGGAAACAUGUAUCCCCUCAUAAGAUACAUGAUCAGGGUUUUGGGAAACAUGUUGUAUAUAAGAAUAUGAGUGAUUUAGUUGUGUUUAUUUUUAUUACAUAGUAGAGGCGUAGAGCGAGAAUAAUCGUGUUAUUGAAUCUUUCUUAAAAGUGAUACUUACUCUGUAACCGAGAUAAAUAUGUUUUUCUAGUUGCGCUUCAUUAUACUCCCUUCUAUUCACUAUUAUUGUUCCAUU